CCCGAAAGGAAUGUGAGUUCUUUUCCAGCACACGAAGAAACCUGUGGAUAAACUGUGUUUCUAGACUUUUGCUCCAGCUUUCCUAAGAAUCUCUUCACAUUGACGAACGGACACCAGUCCAUUACUCCUGAUUCCUACAAAGUACUCUUUGGAUUGUAUACAUCAAAAUUUGUUUUACAACCCCAUGCCACAAUAAUCUACAUUAUGAAGAGCAUACUUGUACAGGUCCCUUCAUGAACCCAUGUGAGAAUUUCCUUGGGAUACAUACCCAGAAGAAGAAGUGAUUGAUGGUAGGAUAUAGCUAAAUAGUAAUGAAUUACUCAUGAGUCACCAAAACAACUGGGUCAAAAUGAGCAAGAGACACAUAAGCGUGGGUCAGCAAACAUGGGCUCUUCUCUGCAAAAACUGCCUUAAAAAAUGGAGGAUGAAAAGACAGACUUUCUUGGAGUGGUUUUUCUCAUUUCUACUAGUCCUGUUUACAUACCUAAUUUCCUCCAAUUUACAUCAAGUUAUUGACUUUCCUCAAAUGCCUGCAAUGGAACUGGGACGUGUAGAUCAUUUUAAUGAUUCUAAUUAUGCUAUUGCAUUUGCACCUGAAUCUAAAACUACCCAAGAGAUAAUGAACAAAGUGGCUUCAGCCCCAUUCAUGAAAGGAAGAACAAUUAUGGGGUGGCCUGAUGAAGAAAGCAUGAAUGAAUUGGAUUUCAAUUAUUCAAUAGAUUCAGUGAGAGUCAUCUUUAAUGACACCUUCUCAUAUCAUUUGAAGUUUUCUUGGGGACAUAGAAUCCCCAAGAUAAAAGAACACAGAGAUCAUUCAGCUCAUUGUCAAGCAAUUAAUGGAAAAAUCACAUGUAAAAGUUCAACAUUCUGGGAGAAAGGCUUUGUAGCUUUUCAAGCUGCCAUUAAUGCUGCAAUCAUAGAAAUUACAACGAAUCAUUCAGUGAUGGAAAAGCUGAUGUCAGUUACUGGUAUAAAUAUGAAGAUACUACCUUUUGUUGCCCAAGGAGGAGUUGCAACUGAUUUUUUCAUUUUCUUCUGCAUUAUUUCUUUUUCUGCAUUCAUAUACAAUGUAUCAGUCAAUGUUACACAAGAAAGGCAAUGCAUUAAGCCAUUGAUGACAAUGAUGGGACUUCAGGAGUCAGCAUUCUGGCUUUCCUGGGGUUUGAUGUAUGCUGGUUUCGUCCUUAUUAUGGCCACUUUGAUGGCUCUUAUUGUAAAAUCUUCCCAAGUUGUCAUCGUGGCUGGUUUUGUAAUGGUCUUCACCCUGUUUCUCCUCUAUGGUCUGUCUUUGAUACCUCUGGCUUUCCUGAUGAGUGUGUUGAUAAGGAAACCUUUCCUCACUGGCUUGGUUGUCUUUCUUCUUAUUGUCUUUUGGGGGAGCCUGGGAUUCGCAGCACUGUACAGACAUCUUCCUGCAUUUUUGGAAUGGACUUUAUGUCUUCUUAGCCCCUUUGCCUUCACUGCUGGAAUGGCCCAGCUUAUACAUUUGGACUAUGACAUAAAUUCUAAUGACCAUUUAAAUUCUUCAAACAACCCACACCUCAUAAUAGCUACUCUCUUCAUGUUGGUUUUUGAUGCCCUUCUCUAUUUGGUAUUGACAUUAUAUCUCAACAAAAUUUUACCCACUGAAUAUGGACAUCGACAUGCUCCCUUGUUUUUCCUGAAGUCCUCUUUUUGGUUUCAACACCAAAGGACUAGUCAUGUGGCCCUUGAGAAUGAAGUAGAUUCUGAUCCUUCAUCUAGCGACUCUUUUGAACCAGUGUCUCCAGAAUUCCAUGGGAAAGAAGCCAUCAGAAUCAGAAAUCUUAAAAAAGAAUAUACAGGAAAGCAUGAAAAAGUAGAAGCCUUGAAAGGUCUUGUACUUGACAUAUAUGAAGGCCAGAUCACUUCCCUCCUUGGUCACAGUGGAGCUGGAAAAACCACCUUAUUAAACAUACUUAGUGGGCUAUUGGUUCCAACAUCAGGUUCUGUCACGACCUAUAAUCACACACUUUCAGAAACGUCUGAUUUGGAAACUGUCCGCAAGUUCACUGGAGUUUGUCCACAAUCCAAUGUGCAAUUUGGCUUUCUCACUGUGAGAGAAAAUCUCAGGCUGUUUGCUAAAAUAAAAGGGAUUCUGCCAGAAGAAGUGGAGCAAGAGGUACAAGGUGUUUUACGGAACUUAGAGAUGGAAGAUAUUCAAGAUAUUCUUGCUGAAAAUCUAAGUGGUGGACAAAAAAGGAAAUUAACUUUUGGGAUUGCCAUUUUAGGAGAUCCUCAGGUUUUGCUAUUGGAUGAACCAACUGCUGGAUUGGAUCCUCUUUCAAGACACCGAAUAUGGAAUCUCCUGAAAGAAAGGAAAUCAGACAGAGUAAUUCUCUUCAGUACCCAGUUCAUGGAUGAGGCUGACAUUCUGGCUGAUAGAAAGGUGUUCAUAUCCAAUGGGAGGCUGAAGUGUGCUGGCUGUUCUCUAUUCCUGAAGAAGAAAUGGGGCAUUGGCUACCAUUUAAGUUUGCAUCUGAAUGAACUGUGUGAUGCAGAGAGUAUAACGUCACUGGUUAAACAGCACGUCCCUGAUGCCAAAUUAACAGCACAAAGUGAAGAAAAACUUGUAUAUAUUUUGCCUUUGGAAAGGACAAACAAAUUUCCAGACCUUUACAGGGAUCUUGAUAGAUGUGCUAACCUAGGUAUUGAGAAUUAUGGUGUUUCUAUGACGUCUUUGAAUGAAGUGUUCCUGAAACUAGAAGGAAAGUCAACUAUUGAUGAAUCAGAUAUUGGAAUUUGGGGUCAAUUACAAAGUGAUGGGGUGAAAGACAUAGGAAGCCUUGUUGAGCUGGAACAAGUUUUGUCUUCCUUCAGUGAAACAAGGAAAGCAAUCAGUGGCAUGGCACUCUGGAGGCAGCAGCUCUGUGCAAUCGCAAAAGUCCGCUUCCUAAAGUUAAAGAAUGAAAGAAAAAGCCUGUUCUCUAUGUUAUUGAUUUUUGUGAUUAGCUUUUUCCCUCAACUUUUGGAACAUUUAUUCUAUGAGUUAUAUCAAAAAAGUUACUCUUGGGGACUGUCUCCGAAUAUGUACUUCCUCUCACCAGGACAACCACCACAAGAUCCUCUGACCCAGUUACUGGUCAUCAAUAAGACAGGGUCAAACAUUGAUAAUUUUAUACAUUCACUGAGGAAACAGAACAUAGCUUUGGAAGUGGACAACUUUGGAACUAGAAAUGGCACGGACGAGCCAUUAUACAAUGGUGCUAUCAUUGUGUCAGGUGAUGAAAAGGAUCACAGAUUUUCAGUAGCAUGUAAUACCAAAAGGCUGAAUUGCUUUCCUGUUCUCAUGGAUAUCAUUAGCAAUGGGCUACUUGGAAUUUUUAAUUCCUCAGAACACAUUCAAACUGAUAGAAGCACGUUUUUUGAAGAGCACGUGUCUUAUGAGCAUGGGUACCUGAGUAAUGCCUUCUGGAUACCAGUGGCAGCCUGCUUUACUCCUUACAUUUCGAUGAGCAGCAUUGGAGACUACAGAAAAAAAGCAUUUUCCCAGCUACGUGUUUCAGGCCUCUACCCUUCUGCUUACUGGUUUGGACAGGCACUGGUGGAUAUUCCCCUGUACUUCUUGAUUCUUCUUCUAAUGCAAAUAAUGGAUUACAUUUAUAGCCCUGAUGAGAUUAUAUAUAUAAUUCAAAGCCUCUUAAUUCAGAUCCUGUGUAGUAUUGGAUAUGUCUCCUCUCUUGUCUUCUUGAUGUAUGUGAUUUCAUUCAUUUUUCGCAAUGGGAGAAAAAAUAGAGGCAUUUGGUCACUUUUCUUCUUAAUUGUAACCAUCUUCUCAAUAGCUGCUACUGACCUAAAUCAAUACGGAUUUCUAGGGCUACUUUUCACCACCCUAUUAGUACCGCCCUUCACACUGAUUGGCUCUCUGUUCAUUUUUUCUGAGAUUUCUCCUGACUUCACGGAUUACUUGGGAGAUUCAGAAUCUCAAGUUGUAUUUCUGGCACUGCUAAUACCUUAUCUUCAUUUUUUGAUUUUCCUUUUUGUUCUGAGAUGCCUGGAACUAAACUUUAGAAAGAAAUCAAUGAGAAAGGAUCCUGUGUUCAGAAUUUCUCCAAGAAGCAGUGAUGUUUUUCCAAACCCAGAAGAGCCCGAUGCGGAGGACGAAGAUGUCCAAAUGGAAAGAGCAAGAACAGCAGCUGCCGUGACUGUCCCAGACAUGAAUGAGAAACCGGUCAUCAUUGCCAGCUGUCUACGGAAGGAAUAUGCAGGCAAAAAGAAAAACUGUUUUUCCAAAAGGAAGAAAAAAAUUGCCACAAGAAAUGUCUCUUUCUGUGUUAAAAAAGGUGAAGUUAUAGGGCUGUUAGGACACAACGGAGCUGGUAAAAGUACAACUAUUAAGAUGAUAACUGGAGACACAAAACCGACUGCAGGGCAGGUGAUUCUGAAAGGGAGCAGCGGAGGGGACAGCCUGGGGUUCCUGGGAUACUGUCCUCAAGAGAACGCGCUGUGGCCCAACCUGACAGUGAGGGAACACCUGGAGGUCUAUGCUGCCGUGAAAGGGCUGAGGAAAGCAGACGCCAAGGUCGCCAUCACACGGUUAGUGGAUGUGCUCAAGCUGCAGGAGCAGCUGAAGGCUCCUGUGAAGACGCUGGCAGAGGGAGUAAAGAGAAAGCUGUGCUUCGUGCUGAGCAUCCUGGGGAGCCCGUCCGUGGUUCUUCUGGAUGAGCCGUCAACAGGGAUGGACCCCGAGGGGCAGCAGCAGAUGUGGCAGGUGAUCCGGGCCACCUUUAGAAACACAGAGAGCGGUGCCCUCCUGACCACACAUUACAUGGCAGAGGCUGAGGCCGUGUGUGACAGAGUGGCCAUCAUGGUGUCCGGAAGGCUGAGAUGUAUCGGAUCCAUCCAACAUCUGAAAAGCAAAUUUGGCAAAGAUUACCUGCUGGAGAUGAAGGUGAAGACCCCCACCCAGAUGGAGCCCCUCCAUGGAGAGAUUCUGAGACUUUUCCCCCAGGCUGCUCGGCAGGAAAGGUACUCUUCCCUGAUGGUCUAUAAGUUGCCUGUAGAGGAUGUGCGACCUUUAUCCCAGGCUUUCUUCAAAUUAGAGAUAGUUAAACAGAGCUUCAACCUGGAGGAAUACAGCCUCUCACAAUCCACCCUAGAGCAGGUUUUCCUUGAGCUCUCCAAGGAGCAAGAGCUGGAUGAUUUUGAUGAGGAACUUGAUUCCUCAGUGAAAUGGAAGCUUCUUCCUCAGGAAGAGCCUUAAAGCUCCAAAUGCCUUGUGUUUCUCGUUAAGCUUGUAACCUCUUAUAGCAUUAACAUAACUUAUCUCAGAUACAGGACAAAAUACUUUUGAAACUCAUGUCAUAGUUUUUCUCAAUAUUUCUCAUAGUGAGACCAGCUGGUAAAGUCAGUGAGAACGGUGAUGGGGCAUUUGGAGAUUGCUCCAUCCAGAGCAAGCAAACCCCACGUUUCGUACAGUAUUAAGUUUUAAAAUGCAUUUAUUAUAGAAUUCUUUACAUUACUAGAAUGAUACAGAGAUGUUCUACUUUUCUUUCUCUGAACUUCAAAAUAUUGAAAAUUUUUCUAUCUUUUUGAGCAGGUAAAGUAUAAAUUAAGACAUAAUGUUGAUUCUAGGGGAAAGGAAGCCCAUUGAUUACACAGCAGCACAGUAUUUGGUUUUUUGUAGUUCACUUUUUUAAAAACCUGUUCUUAAUUCACUGAUUUUCCUUUUCUAUCAUUUUUCAGACUUUAGAUUGCAAAGUCUAUGUUUGUUUGUUGUAACCAGAAAGGCAAUUGGAAACCUAUUAAAACAAAUAAUGACAGUAAGAAUUUGAAUGAUUGA